AUGGAGAGACGAAGGAAAGCGCGUACGCUGAAGGUGGUCAGCCUGGUCACUCUGACUCUACAGAAUGCUGUCUUAGGACUCAGCAUGCGAUACGCCUGUACCAGAACCGGUGACAAGUUCCUCCCCUCUACUGCCGUGGUUAUGGCUGAGCUGGUCAAGCUGGUGACCAGUCUAGCUCUCGUGUAUAAAGAAGAAGGCAGUCGAUGGAUAGCAACCUUACACAACAUUGUGAAUCAACCGAUGGAUACGCUCAAAGUGUGUGUGCCUUCGCUCCUUUACAUCAUCCAGAACAAUCUCUUGUAUUUGUCCGCUUCCCAUUUAGACGCAGCAACAUAUCAGGUAACCUACCAGCUAAAGAUCUUGACAACGGCUAUGUUUGCUGUGACGAUGCUCAAGCAGAAGUUGCUAGCACAGCAAUGGGCUUCUCUGGUGCUUCUGGCGAUGGGAGUAGCAAUGGUUCAACUGACCGGUGCCUCUGACACUGCUGAAAACAACGCUGAACAGAACAGACUCAUCGGCUUUGCCGCUGCUAUCGGUGCCUGUGUCUUGUCGGGUUUUGCAGGCAUCUAUUUCGAAAUGAUCUUGAAAGGAUCUGACGUUUCAGUUUGGACGAGAAACGUUCAACUCAGUUUUCUCUCGCUUCCGUUUGGCUUGUUGGCUUGCUUCGCUAAAGACCUGAGUGCCAUCAGCAACAACGGUUUCUUCCACGGAUACGAUUGGUUCAUCGCUUACUUGGUUGUACUACAGGCUGGUGGGGGACUAAUGGUGGCUAUGGUGGUUAAAUACGCUGACAACAUAUUGAAAGGGUUCGCCACUUCUCUAGCGAUCGUGAUAUCUUGCAUAGUAUCUGAGUAUCUGUUUGACUUUACGAUAACAUUUCAAUUCGUUUUAGGAGCUGCUAUGGUCAUAGCUUCAGUAUUCCUUUACAGUUACAGCCCAAAAGCGAAACUCGCUGAGAGCGUUAUGGACUCAGCAAAAGAAUCUUUGCUCAAAGUUUAACUGUUUUCCUUAAGAAGAUUCAGCAUUGUGUUUGUAGGGAUCCAAUCAGGAGAAUCUUUUGUAAUUUUAACCUAUUUAA